UCGCAGCUAACGCUACUGAUGAGCCACUUUCUCCUUUAUUUACAUGAAAGAAAAAAAGGACGUUUACUGCACGCGGAGCGGUGAGCGAAACGCUUGCUAAAGGAUGUCAAAAACUGAGUGCAAAACGGCCGAAGAGAUGACACAGGCGAUGGAAGAAACAAUGCGGCUACUCCGGGAACGCUUCCAAGCCAUCUCCGAACAUUUGGAAGUGAAAAUAGACGAGAUGGGAACACGAAUCAGCGGUCUGGAGGAAAACGUGACAGAGCUCAUGACGCAAGCCGGCAUGGACGAUCAAUCCAUUUCCAAAGUGGCCGACCUUCUUUCUCAAUAGACGCAACUACACGGAUGUCGCUCAUCAAGUAUCAAAUGCCGAACAAUCAUGCACACCUUCACUACCUCGAUGCAGCAAUUAAAAUCCUUUUUUUUGGUUUUGGUUUUUUUGUAAUUGAAUAUUCUAUUUAGUGUAGGGUGCUGAAACUGCUAACUUUGACACUUUAAAACAAAAAUAGAAUGCCUUUAUGUGGUUCUUUUAACAGUGAGCAAUAAGAGAACCACGCUGUCACAAAAUGUUUUGAAAAGAAGUAAAAUAGUUCUACAGGUGCAUCUCAAUGAAAUUCAAUACAACGAAAAGCAAUUUAUAUCAGCAGUUCACCUCAAAAAGGGAAACUGGUAAGUUAAGAUUCACUGCACACACAGUAUUUGUAUAAUUUGUAUAUGAAAUUAACCUUUUGAAUUGAACUACUCAAGAAAGUUUUUCUACGAUAGGGCAACGUACUGAAAUGCACCUGUAUAUCUGAAAUAAAAACAGUUGAAAACAAUCUUCAUGAAUCAAGAAAAUGAAUUUCAUGAAUGAAGAAUCUUCAAUGAAUCUAUCUAUGCAAGUUAUAUAAUAUUUUCUUUUCAUCUUCUCAUCAUGUUUUACCCA